AACAGCUAGCAGCGGGCGUAUGGUGCUCAGUGAAACGAACGCGUAUUGCAAGCGACGAGAAGAAGUGUAACUGUUGAUCUUGCAUUCUGACUAAGAUGACAGUUCCCCGAACUCAAUGAAUCGUUUGGGAAAUUAUGUAAUUUUGGAUUUCUGUAAAUUAUUUUCAAUUUACUUAUUUCUAUGGGUUUCUCACUGAAUGAUGCUCCAAAGGAAUUGCGCAAUCUAGAGGGACGUUUCUUUUAAAAAAUAUUUUAUAUUUUUCUCUCAGCGUGACCCUCUGAAAUGGAUACGUUGUAUGUUGUAAUUGAAUUGAUUAUUGCUGUUUUAUCAAUCGCUGGGAAUGUUUUGGUCUGCUGGGCCGUUGCCACCAACACGACCCUGAAGAACGCCACGAAUUAUUUCUUGGUUUCUUUAGCCGUGGCAGACAUCCUGGUUGGUUGUUUAGCCAUCCCUUUUUCCAUCACAAUCAGCAUUGGUCUGCAGUCUGACUUCUACGGUUGCCUUUUCUUAGCAUGUUUUGUUCUGGUGCUCACCCAAAGCUCAAUUUUUAGUUUACUUGCGGUAGCCGUUGACCGGUACUUGGCAGUUAAAAUGCCGCUCAGGUAUAAGGAAGUGAUGACAGGGAGGCGAGCCCGCGAGAUCAUCGCCCUGCUCUGGGUCCUGUCUUUCAUUAUUGGGCUUAUCCCCUUCCUGGGGUGGAACAAAAAAGAUUUGGUUUGCCAGGGGCCUGCCAACGAGAGUGUCGCAGGGAACGGCAGCAGUCGGAGCUGCCGGCUGACCUGCUACUUCGAGAGCGUGGUGGACAUGCGCUACAUGGUGUACUGCAAUUUCCUGGCCUGCGUGCUGCCGCCGCUGCUGCUGAUGCUGGGGGUGUAUGCGCAGAUCUUCAGUGUGGCGCGCGCACAGCUGCAGCGCAUGGAGCUGACCGGGGGGGCCGGGGGGGCCGCGGGCUCGCCCAGCCUGCUGCAGCACCAGGUCCACGCUGCCAAGUCGCUCGCCAUCAUCGUGGGCCUGUUCGCCCUCUGCUGGCUGCCCGUGCACGUGCUCAACUGCCUGACGCUCUUCUGUGCCCGGCUGCACAAGCCGCCGGCCGUCAUGUACAUGGCCAUCGUCCUCUCCCACGCCAACUCGGCCGUCAACCCCGCCAUCUACGCCUACCGCAUCCAGGACUUCAGGGAGACCUUCCGCAGGAUCCUCUUCCGGCACUUCCAGUGCAGGAGGGGUGAGCUGUACGCGGGCUCCAGCAGCACACACAGCACAGACCCCGCCUGCUUCCACUAGGGCCCAGCAGGGGGCAGCGGCACACACAGCACAGACCCCGCCUGCUUCCACUAGGGCCCAGCAGGGGGCGACUUCUUCAGUUUCCUGCAUCGUUUUACUGUUUUUUUCAAUUGCUAGCACACAUUUUUGAAAACAGCGCUCAUUUUCUUAAAACACUUAACACAAUUCACAAAACACACCCAAAGUGCAAAACACUUCAUAUAUCCUACAAAAUGAAGCACUGCAUUCAAACUACAUAAACACUUAUCAAAAUCAAACUUUUGCACCAAAUGGCACACAUGUCAUUCAUAUUACCAGAUUUGUGUCCAACCAACUACAUGCUGUUGUGCUCAGUCAAAAGCACUUUCAUCUUUGCUGGGCUUUGUCAUAAAAAAAUAGUUCUGUAUGAAGAGAUUUCUGCAGAGAGAGAUUGUUCAAGUCUGCAGAAAUAUGCGCAGAACACAAAUUGUACUGUUGAAACAAACCUUUUUAUUUUUCUCCACAACAAAUCAGUGCAACAUAUACACAGCAUAUACAGUAUAUAUUAAAGUUGUGUGAACAAAAAAUAUGCUCUCUAUUCGAUACAGUAAACAGAAAAGAAAACUUUCAGCAGCACCGCAUCAACAUCACAGGCAAUAUCUGCCCUGGCUAGACAUCGAGCAGAACCUCAUCAACAUCACAGGCAAUAUCAAUAGGUGUGCUCAAGUCUAAAUGUCCGGAUAACAGAGGCAACAGUAAAUUGGCUCAAGUUGGGCUGGACUCUCUGUCCAGCCUCUCUCAUUGUCAACCCACGUCAAUCCAUUACAGUUUUUUACGAUUGCUUAAGCAUGAUUUUGAAAACAGGGCUCAUUUUGUCAAAACACUACACACAAUUCACACAACCACACACACAAGUACCAGAUCACCUCAGAUCUUUUACAAAAUGAAAUACUUCAUUCAAAACUAUUCAAUAAUUUAUAAAAACCCAAUUUUGUCACCGUAUGGCACACACAUGGUUCACACUAUCUGAUUCUGUUUGAACCAGUUACACACUGCUGUGCUCAAUCUAAAACACUUUUACAGUUUUUCUCAAUUGUUUAAACACGUUUUCUGAAACUAUAGCUCAGUUUCUCAAAACUCUACACACAAAGCACGGCAACAGUUAACCUUUUGCCAAAACUACACAAAUCUCUUGCAAAAUGCAUUAAUGCAUUCAAAACCAUGUUCUCUCUUCUCAAAACUGACUUUUUCCAUUAAAAAAAGAUUCACACAGGCCUCAUAUGAAUAGGUCUUAUUGAGCAUUGAUUUCACACUGGUGCAAUACAUUUAAAAACACAACCAUCAAAAUACAGUAUAU